GCCUUACAGUAAACCAUGAUUGCAUAAUGUGAUUUCCCUCACCUCAGGUCACUUCGGGACACAGACUUGCUUAUUUUUUCCUUCUCACCUACACAGCUGGGGUCUGGUUACAGAAACUCCCAAAGUGACCCUGUGGUGUCCUCUAAAGCUCUGAGAUGAUCUCCCGGCUGCAGCCCUGGCACACAUCUGAGUGAUGAAGGCCUCUGACAUAUUCCUCCUCCUCCUCCUCCACCACAGGACUCUGUGUGUGUCGGGGAAGAAUAUGAAGGAUACACUGGAGGAAUGGACCCGCUACGAGAAUGAAUGUCUGCUCCGAAUGAGUACAGAACCCAGAACACAAGGAGUGUUUUGUGCUCGUAUGUUUGACCAGUACGCCUGCUGGCCAGAUGGGAAACCAAACUCUACAGUCCAGGUGCCCUGUCCCUGGUACCUGCCCUGGUACGACCAAGUGCGUGAUGGCUUUGUGUUGCGUGAGUGUGGUGCUGACGGUCAGUGGACCACCAGGAACCGCACCCGGAUGGACCAUUCUCAGUGCAAUGCUGACAGCAGCAAACAGGAAGCUCAGGGGAAGCAGCUGAUGAUCUUAGCCUCCUUCAGAGUCAUGUACACAGUGGGUUACUGUGUCAGUCUGGCCAGUCUCUCUCUGGCUCUGAUUAUUCUGCUCUUCUUCAGGAAGCUGCACUGCACCAGAAACUACAUCCACACCAACCUGUUUGCGUCGUUCAUCCUGCGAGCUGUUUCCAUCCUGACCAGAGAUGCUCUGCUGAGCCGAGACACUCCCGAGUUCACAGACAACAGGGACGUCUCAGAUGUACUCACUGAUCAGGCAGCGUCUGGCUGCCGCGUGGCCCAGGUGUUGAUGCAGUACUGUGUGGGAGCCAACUACUACUGGCUGCUGGUGGAAGGCCUAUAUCUACACAACCUCCUGGUGCUGAUGGUGUUCAACGAAAACCUCUACUUCUGUGGAUACCUGCUCAUUGGCUGGGGCGCUCCGGUGUUAUUUGUGGUUCCUUGGAUUAUCGUACGUUACCUGUUUGAAAACACAAGGUGUUGGGAGAUAAAUGAUAAAAUGGCGCACUGGUGGAUAAUCCGCACUCCCAUCCUGAUCGCCAUUCUGGUCAACUUCUUCAUCUUUAUCCGCAUCAUCAAGAUUCUCGUAUCCAAACUGAAAGCCCAUCAGAUGAGCUACAACGACUACAAAUUCAGACUGGCCAAAUCCACCCUGACCCUGAUCCCUCUGCUGGGGAUCCAUGAAGUGGUCUUUGCUGUGUUGACGGAGGGACACACGGACGGCGUCCUCCACAACGUCAACCUCUUUUUCCAACUCUUCCUCAACUCUUUCCAGGGUUUAUUUGUAGCCAUCCUCUACUGUUUUGUCAACAAGGAGGUGCAGGCAGAGAUGAAGAAGAAAUGGCAGAGGUGGAAGCUGGGGAUGACUGACCUGGAGGAGCUGAGAAACACUGGCAGCAACACGCCACAGGUUGGUGGCAGCAUGCCGUUAUCCAGUCAGUGCCUCCAUCCGUCUCCCUGCCUGCCGCCUGCCCAUCGCCAAGAGGACAGUCGCCUCCCCCCUCCUGAGCAGCUCAAGACCUAGUGCGAUAUCUCUGCUCAAGCACACGGGGUUUUAACGAAGAGGAGGAGGAAACGAGAAGUGUUGCGAAAGCUACUGCUGAAAAUUCAAAAUGGCCUUUUCAAGUUAUGAGCAAAAAUAAAGAUAUGAUUAACAGAGGUGGGACCGAGUCAUUGGUUUGCAAGUAAGAAGUAAAUCUAAAGUCUUUGCACUCAAAUCUACAAGUACUAAACUAAUGAGUUUCGAGUCCUAAACGAGUCAUGAUUAGCUCGUACUGGCGCUCAGUAACGUGACUUUAUUUCUUCAUGGUUCUCUCCUGCAACUUGAUUGGAUGCUGUUGGAUUGGAUCUGAGGAAUUAAGUGUUGUCUUGCUUGGAAUGAGUCGUUAGUUGAU